UGGAAAGGGCAAAAGAUAUUGAGUAUGGAGGGGGAAAGGAGCGCAAAGCGGCCAUCUUGGUUACUUAUUACUUAUCUAGAUUGAGGAGCAAAGUUCUUUAAACGGAACCACCUGCCUCCUUUCUGCCAUCACCAGCUUGGUCCAAAGGGACAUCGGAAUUAAGGUUGCCAGCUAGCCAGAAGAAGAAAUAACACAGGUGCAUGCAGAUGGCACUGCAAACCAGUGUUGUAGUGGAAUGGUUAGAAGCAUCGCUCUGUCUUUGAUUCAUUACCUACUGGGAAGGAAUAAUCGUAUUGGAUUCUGCUGGUAUCACUCUAAGGCAAAUAUGUCCAGGAUGGUUCAGGCUCGGAGGCUGGAGGGCGUAGAGAAGAAUAUCUGGGUGGAGUUCGUCAAGUUGGCGGCCACAUACAAGACUGUGAACCUGGGCCAAGGCUUCCCUAAUUUCCCCCCACCGGACUUCGUCAGGGAAGCGUUGGUGGAGGCCGUUGGUGGAGAGAAUACCUUGCUGCACCAAUAUACCCGAGAAUUUGGCCACCCACGUUUAGUAGCCAUCUUGGCCCGCUUUUUUGGGAAGUUGCUCGGACGAGACCUGGACCCUCUGAAAAACGUGAUGGUGACUGUUGGUGCCUAUGAGGCCCUCUUCUGCUGCUUCCAGGCUCUGGUGGAUGAUGGAGACGAGGUCAUUAUUAUUGAGCCGUACUUUGACUGCUAUGAGCCCAUGGUGAAAAUGGCUGGUGGGACUUCUGUGUUCAUACCUCUGCAAUUAAAUGCUGCAGAAGGUGGCAAGCUGAACUCUAGCAGAGAUUGGCAACUGAAUCCAGCCGAGCUGGCGGCAAAGUUCACCAAGCGAACUAAAGCCAUUGUGCUGAACUCUCCCAACAACCCUUUGGGGAAGGUGUUCAGUAGAAGGGAAAUGGAGCUCAUUGCAGAGUUGUGCGUGAGACAUGACGUCCUCUGCUUCAGUGAUGAGGUAUACGAGUGGCUGGUCUACGAUGGCAACAAGCAUAUCCGGAUGGCCAGUUUACCAGGAAUGUGGGAACGAACCGUGACCAUUGGAAGUGCCGGAAAAACCUUCAGUGCAACGGGAUGGAAGGUUGGCUGGACAAUUGGACCCGACCACCUUUUGAAGCACCUGAGGACAGUUCAUCAAAACUCGGUUUAUCAUUGUGCAACAGCGGCUCAGGAAGCCGUGGCCCGUGGGCUAGAGAAAGAGUUUGAGUGCUUUGGGAAGCCCGAGAGCUACUUUGUCCAGCUACCUCAACAGCUGCAGCGAAAACGAGACUUCCUGGUCCAGAGCUUGCUUGCUGUUGGCAUGAAGCCCAUUAUCCCAGAGGGUUCCUAUUUUGUAGUGGCCGACCUCUCCGAAUUCAAAGAUGAACUUCCUGAUGAGCCAGACUCUGAGGAGCCGUACGACUAUCGCUUUACAAAGUGGAUGAUCAAGAACAAGGGCUUAGCUGCCAUUCCCGUCUCUGCCUUCUUUAGCUCACCACAGAAGAAGAACUUUGACCAUCUCAUUCGCUUUUGCUUUGCCAAGGAAGACUCAACUCUGGAAGCCGCAGACAGCAUCCUGCAGCAAUGGAGUCGGAAGACACAGGGGCAGUAAUAUGAUCACUUGAAGCAGGCUCUAUAGCUAGAAUGUUGGAACAAGGAAGGAAAGAAAACCCACAUGCCUAUUUUGCUGCUUGACAUCAGGGUGCAGAAUGGCUCCCUGUUGCCAAUUUGCAUAUGCAGCAGGGAAGUAGUGUUAGGCCCUAGGGAUCACACAUUCACCAAUGUGAUGGUGCUCUGCCAUAGUCUCCCAGAUGGGAGUUGUGAUGCAAAAGAUUUAGAGGGCAACAGAAUGGAGAAUGCUCUUCCUGGCCACUCUCCUCACAGCCUGCCCGGCUUCCAAUAUCUGUGGCC